CUCUCUCUCAGAGCAGAGAGAAUGGAGAGAAACCCUAAAGCUCGUUCUUCUCUUCUUCUCUUCUCUUUAUGUAUCUUGUCGUCGCUUGUUCACAUCCAUGGAAAGAAGCAAGGAGACCCUCUUGAUUCUCUAUACAAAGCGAAGUCCAAGAAGUCUGGUACUGACAUGAGCCUUUUUCAGGCGAGCGACUACCAUGAAAUUCUCAAUUCUAGGAUUUAUCGUCAAGAAGGACUUAAGGAGAAAGAUAAGAUCCAAAGGUUGACUGGACAACCGCCGGUCGAAUUCGAUCAUUAUGGUGGUUAUGUCACCGUCGAUGAAUCAGCCGGUCGAGCCUUUUAUUAUUAUUUUGCCGAAGCGGGGCGAAAGAAAGACUCGAUGCCGCUUCUUCUAUGGUUUAACGGAGGGCCCGGUUGCUCAUCCCUCGCCUAUGGAGCAAUGCAGGAACACGGACCGUUCCGAGUCUAUAGCGACGGGAAGACUCUCUACAGAAAUAAAUUUGCAUGGAAUACAGCUGCGAACGUGUUGUUCCUAGAGUUUCCGGUUGGUGUUGGUUUUUCUUAUUCUAACACAACGUCGGACUAUAGAACAAACGGAGACAGCAAAACAGCUGUGGACAAUUAUGUAUUCUUGUUAAAUUGGCUGGAGAGGUUUCCCGAGUACAAGAACCGGGAUUUCUACAUUGCAGGCGAGAGCUACGCUGGUCAUUUCGUACCUCAGCUCGCUCACAACAUCCUAUUCAACAACAAGAAGGCAAACAAGACCCUUAUCAACCUCAAAGGGAUUAUAAUUGGAAACGCAGUUCUCAACGACGAGACAGACAACAGAGGGAUGUAUGAGUACUUCGCUACGCAUGCAUUGAUAUCCCAAGAAACAUGGAAUGCAAUUCAAAAGUAUUGCAACUUUUCACUAAAGGCCAGCGAUAGAGGAAGCCAAUGCCUUUCGGCUACGUCGCAGGCGGAUGGUGAUGUUUCUUACAUUAACAUUUACGACAUCUACGCCCCUCCGUGCUUCUCUUCCAACCUGACUGCCCAUCCCAAGAAGACCGACAUCAUGGACUUCGACCCGUGUGAAGACUACUACGUGCAUGCGUACAUGAACAGAGAAGAUGUGCAAGAGGCACUUCAUGCCAACGUGACGAAGCUCGAUUACGACUGGGAAGCCUGCAGCGAUGUUAUCCAGGGCUGGGAGUGGGGCCCUUCCACCGUCCUCCCUCUCCUCCAAGAAUUCAUGUCCAAUGGGCUCCGCGUUUGGGUGUUCAGCGGGGAUACGGAUGCAAGAGUGCCGGUGACAUCGACCCAGAGGUCUCUUAGCAAGAUGAGCCUCCGCACAAAGAGUCCAUGGCGUCCUUGGUUCCUCGGGGGCGAGGUCGGAGGGUACGUGCAAGUGUACGAGGGAGACCUGACGUUUGCGACGGUGCGAGGAGCGGGGCAUCAGGUGCCGAGCUAUCAGCCCAAGAGAGCUCUCUCUCUCAUCUCUCACUUCCUUGCUGGCUCUCCACUCCCACCAAAAUAAGACCCUUUCAAGUGCUUGAAGAUGAUGGAUUAAUGCUUGAGGACUCGCUUUUGUCUCCGUUAUUUUUCUCUUUCUUGGGUAAUUCACAUGGGCGCAUAUGUAAUUCUUCAGUUAUUUAGGAAUUCAAGAACUUCAUUAUU